AUGGAGCAGACGAACUUUCAGUUGGUGGCCAGGCUCAGAGGAAAGACGAAGAAACCUGACAGAAACGGCGUGGCGUCUUUAGGGUUGCAGAUUCUUGGGGUCGCUCUGGCCGUGAUCGGAUGGUUGGGGAACAUCCUGAUCUGCGCGCUGCCGCUAUGGAGAGUCUCUGCCUUCAUUGGCAACAACAUUGUGGUGGCUCAGAGCAUCUGGGAAGGCCUGUGGAUGAGCUGCGUGGUGCAGAGCACAGGCCAGAUGCAGUGCAAAGUCUACGACUCCCUCCUGGCUCUGCCUCCAGACCUCCAGGCGGCUCGGGCCAUGAGCGUCAUCUCCAUCCUCUUCUCCUUCUUCGGCCUGCUGCUGUCUGUGGUCGGUGGGAAAUGCACCACCUGCAUCGAGGAUGAAACAGCCAAGGCUCGAGUGUGCAUCUCUGCUGGGGUUUUCUUCCUCCUGAGCGGAGCGCUGUGCCUUGUGACCGUCUCUCUGCCGGCCAACACCAUCAUCAAGGACUUUUACAACCCACUGAUUCCUGAUGCCCAGAGGAGGGAGCUGGGUGCCUGCCUGUAUGUGGGCUGGGGGGCAGCGGGGCUUUUACUGAUCGGCGGGGCACUGCUGUGCUGUCAGUGCCCGUCAAGAAGAGAGCACUACAACGGAGUAAAGUACACUGCGCCGAAAUCCGCAACGUCAGGGAAGGAGUUUGUCUGAGCUGCUGAGCAACAGAGAGUCGAACUCACCAAAAGACAGAACAAACUUUCUGAGGGGAUUCUGACUAACAUCAUCGACUAAAAUAAACAGACCUUCUGCAUGAGAAAGAUUGAUAAUUAACUCAUUAAAUGUCAGUAUUCGGCAAUAAUUUCCUCACUUAUGGAUUGUGAUGAUCAGUAAGAUUUUCUAACUUGUCUUUGUUUUUAUUAUCUGAGAUGCAUUUUUCAAUGCUAUAUUUCAUUAAAAUAAAUACAUUUUAUGUCAAAAAUGUGGCAUGUGCUCUUUUCACAAGUGAAAUAGGUUUUUGGAGUAUCAACUAUAAUGAGGAGAUUUGUCUGCCACAAAAAUUCAGAUUGGGAAAAAUGUUCUUAAAUCUAAAUCUGUUAAUUAAAUUGUCAGAGGAGAGGUUUUCAAAGUGAGGUACACACGUUUCUCCAGCAGCACAAGUGGCUGAUGAAAACACUUCAUGAACUAUUUCUGGUGCGAUGUUCUCUGAAAAAUGUCAAUAAAAAUCAAGACCAAAUGUUUACCAAGAAAACUGCUGAGAAAAAUAAGUUACCUACAUUGGUGAUGUUUGUCAAUAUGAGGUAUUUGGGUUUUACUUGCUUCUACUCUGCUUUCUUCAGAAGAACCUUUUUGGUUUUAACAGUGUCUGUGAUUAGUUUUUAUUUUCACUCUUUAUGUUGUCACUCUCAUAUUGGGUUUGUAAAUAAAAGCAAUGUCUG